GGAGCGAGGAGGAUGAACGGCGGGAAGAGCGAGCUGCUGCGGUCCGCACGCCAGAGCAUCAUUUCGUGCAGCGACCGCGAGCCCAACUGCACGGCGGUGCGCGCAACAGAGACCCUGGCGCUGUCAGCAGCAUCCGCGUGGAGCGAAAACGGCUCGACGGUAGAUGCCCACCGGCUUAUGGAGCUCCAGUUUCCCGCCUCGGCCGCCCCAACGGUGGCGAUGGCGCCGGCGGCCCGGUACCCGUUCCCUACGGUGGACGUUCCCGACCACGCCCACUACACCAUCGGCUGCGUCAUCGGCAUCAUCGGCAUCACCGGCAUCAUCGGCAACUUCCUGGUCAUAUACGCCUUCUGCAGGAGUCGCAGCCUGCGGACGCCGGCUAACAUGUUCAUCAUUAACUUGGCGAUCACAGACCUGCUGAUGUGUGUCACCCAGACGCCCGUCUUCUUCAUCACAAGCAUGCACAAACGCUGGAUCUUUGGAGAGAAAGGCUGCGAGCUGUACGCCUUCUGUGGCGCUCUCUUCGGGAUGUGCUCCAUGGUCACGCUGACAGUGAUCGCCCUCGACCGCUACUUUGUCAUCACGCGGCCUCUGACCUCCAUCGGCGUUAUGUCCCGUAAACGGGCCUUCUUCAUCCUGGUGGGGGCCUGGCUCUACACCCUGGUAUGGAGCCUGCCGCCCUUCUUCGGCUGGAGUGCGUAUGUCCCAGAGGGCCUGAUGACCUCCUGCACGUGGGACUACAUGACGUUCACGCCGUCUGUGCGAGCGUACACCAUGCUGCUCUUCAUCUGCGUCUUCUUCGUGCCGCUCUUCAUCAUCAUGUACUGCUACUUCUGCAUCUUCCGCGCCAUCCGCAGCACCAACCAGGCUGUGGGGAAGACUAACGGCAGCAUCCACAGUCACAGCAGUAGUCGAAACUCGUCGAAGAACUUCCAGCGGCUGCAGAACGAGUGGAAGAUGGCGAAGGUCGCUCUGAUCGUCAUCCUGCUCUACGUUAUCUCGUGGUCGCCGUACUCGGUCGUCGCUCUCACCGCCUUCGCCGGGUACGCAGACAUGUUGACUCCGUACAUGAACUCUGUGCCCGCCGUCAUCGCCAAGGCCUCGGCCAUCCACAACCCCAUCAUCUACGCCAUCACACACCCCAAAUACAGGUAA